UUGCUAUUUGUGAAAGACCUUCUAUUUCCUAGCAUCCUGACAUCGCUCAAGGACAACUCAAGCCUUUUGUGUGAGCUUCAAGCCAUGAAAACUAACCGACUGGUUCCUGAUGUUUCACAAGACUUCGAUCACUUGUUGAGAACCAUCCAGUAUUUACUUGAUAUUGGGUCAGAUUUUGAUGUCAUUCGAUCUAGACAUGAAAAUCCAAGGAACUUGACUGUAGUCAUUGCUAAUCGCGCAAAUGCUUUUCGCGUGAUUGCGGAUAGUGUUGUCCCUGUGCUACUGGGUGCAAGAAUGCCGGUCUUGAUAUCAGUGUCUGAGGAACCACAUGUCGCAGUUUAUGCUGCGUUCAAGCAAAUUUUGGAAGAGGCUUCGUUCCCAGCUGGGAACCUUGAAGUGUGCUUUACGCAGAAUCCGAGCGCUAGUGUUUUCAGCAGUUCAUCCCUGCCUAUUAAUGUCCUUUUUUGUGGUCCCAUGGAGACUGGUGUCGAAUUGCAAAAAUUGGGAGCUGCAGCGGGAGCUUGUCGGGUGAUUGUUGGUGAGUAUAAAUCAAAGAUGGCUCCAUGA